AUCAGCAGCAGCGCGAAGAAGGAAGCAAAACAAAACGCCGUGAUGUACAAAGCGCUGGAUGGCAAUCGCCGUAAAGCCAAAAGAAAAAGAAGAGCGAAGCCGUGAAUUGUUAGCGCUAUAAUCUACAUCUGAAUACUCUUAUAAUGGUGUUUACGUGCAUGUAUCCGGGAUGCUUCAAUCUGUGUAAAUCUGUAAGAUUACGAGCGCCGGCUGCAAGCGGAGGGGCGUUAACAUUUCACAGAUUCCCUUUAAACAACCCUGAACGAUUGAAGCUGUGGCUGCUUGCUGUUCGCUGGGAUGUAAGUCGACCCGUGGAGAAACUCAACAGAGCCUUGUUGUGCAGUGAACAUUUCAGCUCCGAUGAUUUCGAGCCGUUCAAGGGGAAGUACAGACGGCUUCUGAAACCGACAGCAGUGCCUGUUCCUGCGCAUUUCUUUCCGCCAAAGGAGGACCCAUCAAAGGAUCAUGUUGUAGCUCAACCAAGUCUGUGUUCAACAGCAACGGACGGAGAUGAGAAGCCAGAUGUCAAGGGUGCAUCAGCAUUUUUUGAGGGAGUUCCACAAUCAACUCCAGUAAAGCAAAGACACAUGGGAGAAAGUGCGGGUAUUGACACAGGACUCCAUUUAACGCUAACUAGUCCAGAGGCAGGUGCCAGAAAGACCCGACCAUCUACAUCAGGAGCAUACAUUGCCUUCCCCCCCAUACGCUCAUACCCAUCAGAUGAGACGGCACAGGCUGAAACAAAGUCAGAAGAAAGUUAUCCGGACAUCAUCAUGGUUACGGUGUAAUGUCCACCAGACAAGAACGACACAAUUUUGUUCCUACAAGCUCAACAUCGACUUCAAAUCCAACUACAGAGGAAGACAGGGAAGAGGAUAACUGGAAAGGAAGGAAAUGGAUUGUAAAUGAGUGCAAUUAAUGGAGUUGUUUAAGAGAUGUCCGGAAUGUGGAGAUGUAAUCCCAGAAACCAGAACAGUAUCCUCAGGGAGUCUGAGUGCAUUGGGAAUGUGAAAAGGGUCAACAGGGCAAGUGGCGUUCUCGUGCAGAUGAAUGGCAUUAAACAAUCUGCUUUGAAAAAUGUACUCACGAAAUCUUGGUUUCAAGAUGUUAAACAUGAUUUUCUAAAAAAAAAAAAAAAAUAUUUCAAUGUGGAAAACUACCCGUAUCUGUAUUGAGAAGGAGAAAGUCAUGGACACAGCAUGACAAGAGAAUAUUACGUUUUUGACUAGAAAAAUAUUAAGUAAUUUGUUAACUUGUUAGCUUUUUAAAAGGCACCAAUAGAUGAUUUUAUGUGAAGAAACACAAAUAUAAUGGAAAAUCAUGGGGUCUCAUUCAUGAAACACGAGCAGAACAAGUUUUUGUGUAAAUCGUUCGUAAAGUCAUUCUAACAUAAGUUUUCGGAUUCAUGACAAUGUUCGUAUUUUCAAAAUGUUAGUUAGACAAAAGAAAUGUACAGCUCCAUAUCACUUGUAAAUAGUGCGUAAAACCGCAAGUAAUGUUCUGUAGUCUUUUAGACAAACUGAUGACACUGCAUUUUGAUGCACUAUGUAUCAUAACAAUAUUUCACGAGUUUGCCCUGUCUUUUAUCAUUUUUUAACUUUGGGUAAAACUCAGGGCUCCUCACUGUCCUUUAUUACCCAGCCGUCUAAUCACAGUGAAGAAGAGGCAGGACAAACACUCACUAUACCAAUACUGACCAACCAUCAUACACAACGAUAAUGUUUUUCCUAUUUAAAACUUGACUCUUCUGUACUUAUAUUGUGUGCUAAGAGUGGCGGAAAAUGAAAAGUUGCAUUUUUCUAGGCCGAUAUGAUUAGGAACUAUACUCCCAUUCCGGCAUAAUAAUCAAGGAAGUUUGCUGCCGUAACAUGGCCGCAGCAGGCGCAGUGAUAUCACUGAGAUCGGCUGAAUAGAUUCCAAAACGGUAAAACUCAUUUUUUUUACUCUGGGAGAGUUGGAGAGUGAGCCUAUUUCCAAAAAGAGUGGAGUGUUCCUUUAAUUGAUUUAUUUAUUGGUAAGCAUAUAGUCUAUUAGUAUCGUAUGCAUUUAUGGAAUAUAAUGUAGCCAAACCAGACAAUAAAGUCCAGAAGAUUCCAGCAUUCCUAGAUACGUAAUUUGCAUAGAAUUCAUAGACGGGGAUUAUGCUAAUUGUGUAUGAGCAUGCACGUGCGCCCUGUUUACGAAUAAUUGUAAUUCAUUAACAUACACAUUUUUCUAUGAAAUCUGACUUUUACUAAGUAUUUGUGUAUCCAGAGGAAAGUUUUCGGGAAGGUCUGUUUUACGCGCAAAUGACUCGGAAUGUACUAUUUACAAAUAUUUCAAGAAUGAGGCCCAUUGUGUGUUUAAAAAAUGUUACGGUGGAUGAGAAUAUCUGUCAUGGAUUUUUAUUAUACAUGAAUAUUCUGUAUUAUCAUUUUUUGUAAUUUGAAAACAUCUACAGUAGUAGAACAUCCAAUUGUUUUUUUUCACAAUGUUUAAAUUCUGUUUAAAUUACAACACAUAAUGCAAAUCGGGACGAGUUAUGGUUAUGAGAAUUUCAGCAGAAAAAGCAAUAAAAUACAUAAACAAUUCAUUCCUAUGUCAAAAUGAUGAUUCGUCCAGGGUGUCAAGGUAGAGAACACAAUUAUCUUUAUUUUGAUCAUUUUUUAUGUUGAUGAAUUAUGUGUUUUAUAAUUCAAAUCUCUGAAUGGCCUGCAUUGCUGAACUUACAGUUGCCAAAAUCAACAAGUUACUACGUCGUCCUACCUUGUCGAUGAAGCAUACAGAGAACAACAAACUGCCAAUUUACUGAUGAACUCUAUGAGCUACUGUUUUGAUUCCACUUGAUGGUUGUUUGACUAUAGGUCAGUCGUGGUUGUUGUGUUUUUCUGUUUUUGUUCAUUGUGUCUUUGGUGAUUCUGGUCGUUAACAGCGGCUCUUCAACACGAAUAACUGAAUUAUUACCUAAUUAUUCAAUUCUCCAUUUUCUCAUUAACUUCAACAGCGCUUACCCUUAUACACUUUUGCUGUGUAACUGAACUCAAAGCGAGAUGACUACUUUACAGGAAUUUGCUGUGAUGUUAGGUUAGGGUAAAACAUUAAAUACAAUAUUUUAUUGUGAAAACCCAAAGUAAAAC